CAAGUUAUUUUAGGAGGAUAGUUUCAUUCAGGCGUCACCGGUGGACUGUGGUGAUGGUACGUUGGACCGUAUAUAAACCGACCAGGAGCGUUCGCUGCCACGCCAGGAACUGAGGCGCUCAGGCUUGGACUCGAGAUGCCAAACUGGGGAGGAGGUGCCAAGUGUGCGGCCUGUGAGAAGACGGUGUACCAUGCGGAGGAGAUCCAGUGUAACGGGAGGAGCUUCCAUAAGACCUGCUUCAUCUGCAUGAGCUGCAGAAAAGGACUGGACAGCACCACGGUUGCAGCGCACGACUCUGAGAUUUACUGCAAGUCCUGUUACGGCAAGAAAUAUGGUCCAAAAGGCUAUGGAUAUGGACAAGGAGCUGGAGCUUUGAGCUCUGAUCCUCCUGGUGAAAACGCGGACGUGAAGACUCAAGUCUCUAAACCGCCACCAACCUCUUCAAACUCCAACGCCAGUAAGUUUUCCCAGAAGUUUGGAGGUUCAGACCGCUGCCCCCGCUGCUCAAAGGCGGUCUACGCGGCCGAGAAGGUGAUGGGAGCGGGGAAGCCAUGGCACAAAACCUGUUUCCGCUGCGCCCUGUGUGGUAAAAGCCUGGAGUCAACCACAGUGACAGACAAAGAUGGAGAGCUGUACUGUAAAGUUUGUUACGCCAAAAACUUCGGCCCGAAAGGAUUUGGACUGGGGAACGCUGCCAUGUUGGAGGAACGAGAGUGAAUGCGUCCUCUCCACUGGAGGGUGUCACAACCCACACAUUUAAAGGCUACUGUUGUCUGUUUAUUUGCUAAAAUUUAGACUACACAGAUGGUUAAAUGCAAAAUAAAAUUAUUUUUUUUAACCUCAA